GGACGUGAAUUGCGGCGUCUCGUGGAGAACGGACGUGUGUGUGUGCGUUGUCGUGUUGCUGCACUGACGUGCUGACGACUGGGCGAGGACAGGAGGUUAGUAGCCGGAGACACACCGGGGAUCUGAAUCUUGGUCCGUGUGUUGCUACCUCGUGGGCUGUAUCCACUGGGGCCUCGGGAGUCCUGCCGCCGGUAACUUGGGGUUGCCUGAUAGUAAGUCGCAAAAGAGCGUGGGGGAGCGCUGCGAAUAGUCCACCCUUGACGCAGGUGCCGUUUCAUUCAGUAAUUAUUGUUGAUUAACUCUUACAUUCUAAUUGAACCCAAUAGAGAAUUAAAGAACUUGAUUGUCGUCGUUGUCUGAUGAAUAAAGGUGUCAGUGUCUGUUCCUUCAUCGUUUGUUCAGUCUGUCAGUUGAUGUCCCUCCCUUAAGUGAACACCCUUAAGGAGACUACUUUGUACGUGUUGGCGGCAUACGGCCUUCCGAACGGACGCAUUCCCUAGGUCACCUAGAUCACCGCUCGUCUAGGCUUACCCAAGGUUUAGUCAGGAGGCCAGGGCGACCUGAGUUUGGGGAGCCCCGGUUCGAUCAGCGCCACAUUGGUGUCAGAAGUGGGAUAAAAGCGUACAUCAGGAACCUUGAGGAUCGAGGAUAAAGGGAAUGGAACUGCUGAAUACAGACAUGAUGGAGGAAGAAAUUGCCAUUCUUAGGAUGGAUAACCAGAGAGGAGAGGAACUUCUUCAGGAUGCCAUUGAGGAAAGGCAGCGUCUGAAGGACGAACUGGAGAAAAUAAAAGGGGAGUUGCUGGAGUCUACGCAGCGUGGACUGGAAAUGACACCAGGAAUUAAAACUCCUGAGUUGUUUUCGCUUACACCAAGACUGUCACCCUUGGGAACAGUGCCAGCAACACCAGCCAAUACGAUGGCGACCUCUGUGAGAGAGGAAUGUACCUUGGAGACAACCAAGAAAGAUGGACCUGCAGGAACGGUCCUUAAGGAGAAAAACACAUCGGAGCCAGUCAAGGAGGACGUGGCUGAAACAGAGAUUAAGUUGAAGAAACCGAACAUUUGUCCGGAUAGAUUUAACGGUAAGGUGCCUUGGAAGGACUACAAGGCACACUUCAUGGCCUGUCGUGUGGCCAAUGGAUGGAACGAUGGUCAAGCGAAGGUGUUUCUUGCUGCAAGCCUCCAGGGACCAGCCUUAAGUGUGUUGGGUUGCCAGCCGGAGGGUAAGAAAUAUUCCUUCAGGGAUUUAAUCAGCUCGUUAGACCAGAGGUUCGGCCCAGGUCAACAGGCGGAGUACCAUUUAAUGGAGCUGCGACAUCGUCGGCAGGGAGAAAAAGAGACAUUACAGGAGUUAGGGCAGAGUAUCAGGGAACUCUCUGCGUUAGCGUAUCCCGAAUUCUCAGAGGAAGGAAGGGAUCGAUUAGCGAGAGGACAUUUCAUGGAUUCAGUUGGAAAUAGGGCAAUUAGAGAAGCAAUUUUCAGGGCCAAACCAACAUCCCUGGAUGACUCGAUAAAGGCAUCUCUGGCUGCUGAGAGCUACCACAAGGUGGAGGAGCAGCGAGCUGCAGACAAAACCAAGAAGUAUGCAAGAAUGGUGGAAACAGAACCAACCGUGGAGGCUACGGGAGAGGUUCCGGUUAAUCAGGCAGUCGUAGAUCGAGCUGUCCAGCAGAUAAUUUCCCGUCUAGGGGAGAAUGUUCCUACUGGGAGCAAGGAUACGAUACGACCUUUCGGACGCAGGAAGGCAAACACUGAGGACGUUUGCCACAAUUGCAGGUGCAAAGGACAUUUUGCGCGAGACUGCAAGAAGCCGAAGGCCAGGAGAUCAAGGAUGUCGGAUAAACGACAUGCAGCCAUCUCAGGGACCCGUGAGAGGGCUGGAAGAAGUCAAGGGUCAGACAAAUUCAAAGGAGGCCACCUCCAAAGGGGAGGUGGAUCAGUGAAGACCCACCAGGUACCGCUUGAGAGUGAUAGACAACUGCGAGGAGAGGAAACCCUUAAGGAAUCCCCCUUGAGUUGCGGGCGAGGAGGCUUGCCCACCCUUGAGGUGCCAACCUUAAGGGAGACGCUGCGACAGGGAAGUGGACUUUUCGUACCUGCUGUGGUUAGGGGAGUGAAGGUGAACAUGCUGAUCGAUACCGGAGCUACAAACACCUUACUUUCUGCGUCGACGUACUACAAUAUGUCACCAGAAAGAAGACCUACGCUGAACACUGAAGGAGUUGGGGUGCAUGGUGCAGACGGUACCUUAAUCAAGACUAUGGGAAGCGCCUGUGUAGAGGUCCAGGUUGGGAAGACAGUGAGAGUAGUUUGUGUUGUUUUUGCACAACUGGAAGUCGAAGGAAUCCUGGGAAUGGAUUACUUGUUGCCGACCAAUGGGAGGCUGGAUUUUAGAAACUUGACAUUUACUGUAAAUGGGGAGCGGAUCAAGUGUGUUGACAGACAUCGGGCUGGGGAGUCACACCAGAAUGCUGAUAGCCUGUCACACCGACCCCGCUCACGGUGCGGAAGAGACGAAAUCAGCUGUGACGAAGAUGAAGGGAAAUCUGUGGAAAGAAGUGUUGUGAUGGACACUUCGGAUCAAGACGCAGAGGUUCGAGCAGACUUACGCGUGGUGGGGGUGCAACCCCAAAUCUCAAAGGAAGGUUGGAGAAGGGCUCAACUCGAGGACGAGCAGAUGAACUGGCUUAUUCAGGCUAAGGAAGAGGCAGGCACACGCCCUGACUGGGAGAUAGUUUCUCCAAAAUCCACAGCUGCAAAGAAUUACUGGCUGCAAUGGGAACAAUUGACAGUCCGACAAGGGAUCUUGCAGCGUCGGUGGGAGUCCCACGAUGGACGGGAGGUGCAUUGGCAGACUGUAGUGCCACAAGAGUAUCGGGAGGAGAUACUGCGGGAGAUGCAUGCAGUAAGGACAAGCGGUCACCUGGGUACAAAACGGACCAUGACCAAGGUACGCCUUAAGUUCCAUUGGUCAGGCCUUAGUGCUGAUGUCAGGUCCUUCAUUAGGCGGUGCGACUUAUGUGCGGCGAGGAAGUUGCCGAGCAAGAAGCAAAAUGCACCUCUACAACAACACUUAUUUGGGGUACCUGUCGAGCGAGUGGCUAUGGAUAUCUGUGGGCCCUUCCCUGUAACAACCAGUGGAAACCGAUACAUCCUUGUGAUCGGUGAUUACUUCAGUAAAUGGUUUGAAGCGUAUCCCAUCCCUGACGAAAAGGCGGUCACCGUUGCGGUGCGAUUUGUCGAGGAGUUCGUGUGCAGGUUUGGAGUUCCCAGGACGUUGCACACCGACCAGGGAAGGAACUUUGAGGCGAACUUACUUGCCGAAGUUUGUAAGAUCCUUGGCGUAGAAAAGACUCGGACAACACCAUACAACCCUAAAUCAGACGGCAUGGUCGAGCGCUUUAAUCGGACACUAGUGAACAUUGUAGCAAUCAUGAUGAAGGACCAGGGAAACAAGAAAGACUGGGAUAGAGAGUUGCCUUUUGCAACAGCGGCGUACCGUAGUACUCCACAGGAAUCAACGGGGGAAACACCCAACAUGGUCAUGCUUGGCAGGGAAGUUUCCCUUCCAAUUGAUCUGACAAUUGGGGAACCAUCUGCAGAGGAGGAGACGCAAGACUUGGACUAUGCCCAAGAGAUGCGGAUGAGGAUGCAGCGAUCUCAUGACAGAGCCCGUAAGUGCCUUGCGAAGAGUGCCAGGAGGCAGAAGCGCCACUACGACAGGAACGUCUGCAAGGAACAGUUCGUCGAGGGCAAGUUCUGCUGGUUGUUUAACCCAGCGAAAAAGAAAGGGGUAUCUCCAAAGUUGAUGUGCAGAUGGGAAGGUCCAUACCUGAUACUGGACAAACUAUCCGACGUGACUUAUAGGAUUCAAGGGAAGAGUGGGGAAAAGAUGAAGGUUGUCCACAGCGACCGCCUCAAGCCCUAUGAGGGAAAACCGUUGAAGCCUUGGGCCAAAAGGAGGAGUAGUAGUCAGGAGGAAGACAAUCAAGUUUCUCCCGAAACUCAGCUGCAAGAGAUAAGUGAAGUGAGCCAAGGUAGUGACCAGGAAACACAGGCCUCACCUGAAGUAGAGUCACUUGAGGAAGCCAAUCUACCUGAAACAGAGGAGUUAGCAGGAGCAGAUGAGCAGAUGGGAAGCAAGGAGUCAAUUCAAGAGAACUUGACACCGGAGGCACAUGUGGAACAUGUGCAACCCUCAGUACCGACUAGAACUGAAAUAGCACCUGCGCCAGUGGUGCAAAGCCCAGCGCGGGCGAGAAAGAACCCACUGCGCCAGCGGCGGCCACCUCAGCGUUAUCGUUAAUCAAAGAUUGAGAUGAUCAGAAUUACAUAAGUGACGUAAGCAGGACAAA